CUCGACCUCCUAAAUAUCCUAGUAGAUGCCGAUGGCAACGUGACUGGCCUCAUCGACUGGGAUACCUGUGCAGCCGUGCCACGCUGCGUUGGCUACACAUCCAUGGCUACCUUUCACCGCCGCGACUGGCUCUCGGACUACACCUUGGGUCGGUUUCCGCACAUGAUCUGGGCCAUCGAACGCUACUGCGAAGUAUAUACUCAGGCUAUGAGCGAUUUCUGCGAGUCUUCGGAUGCAAAGUACAUGCGCAAAUCCGCGAUAUAUCAGCUGGUGUUAACAGACUUGGAUAAAGAGUUUUCGUGUAGGGAUGUCGUAAAACUGCUGCUGAGAGAGAUGCACGCGUACAGACGCGUCGAUGUGAAUUCGUUUUGUCGGAGGCUGGAGCAGGGUUGGCCGGCAGCUGAAAAGGCGUUGAGGAUGAAUAUUGCGGAGCUGUUAAAGCCGGAGUGA